AUGCUUGACCACAAGUUUCUCCCUAUGGGUAGUAACUUGAACGUGGAGAAGAAGUGGCUGUUCCCGCUCGUAUUCAGUUCUUUAGUAUGCAUUUUCCUAGUGGCCACCAGCUUCAACAUGGGGCUCCUCUCCUCUUUGAACACAAUCAACUCUAUUUUCUCCAUGUUUCCGAGAGCCGCAGAGAAAGAAGCAAUCGCAGAUCAGGUCCCGCCACCUCCAGCUCCUCCUCCCCCGCCAAAAUUCGCUUACCUCAUAUCUGGUUCGCGAGGUGAUUUGGAUAAGCUUUGGAGGACACUUCAUGCACUCUACCAUCCGUGGAACUAUUACGUACUUCAUCUGGAUCUCGAGUCGCCAGUCGAGGAGAGAUAUGAGCUUGCUGCUAGGGUCGAAAAUCACACCCUUUUUGCUAAGGUUGGGAAUGUUUUGGUGAAUAACAGGUCCAAUAUGGUUACUUACAGGGGUCCCACCAUGGUUUCUAACACUCUUCAUGCCUGUGCUAUCCUCCUCAAAAAAUAUGACGAUUGGGAUUGGUUUAUAAACCUUAGUGCCUCGGAUUAUCCUCUCGUAACUCAAGAUGAUCUACUCCAUACAUUCUCGGGUUUGAAACGCGAGCUCAAUUUUAUAGAACACACAAGCCAUUUAGGCUGGAAAGCGGGUCAGAGGGCAAUGCCUUUGAUUAUAGAUCCAGGACUCUAUCAGACCAAAAAAUCCGAAAUAUUCUGGGUCACGCCCAAUAGACGAUUACCUACAGCAUUUAAAUUGUUCACUGGGUCGGCUUGGAUGAUCUUGUCUCGCGCGUUUGUGGAGUACUGCAUAUGGGGUUGGGACAACCUGCCCCGCACCCUUCUCAUGUACUACGCCAACUUCCUGUCAUCGCCUGAGGGCUACUUCCAGACGGUCAUCUGCAACACGCCUGAGUUUGCGCACACUGUAGUGAACCACGACAUGCACUACAUCGCCUGGGACACCCCACCAAAGCAGCACCCCCACGUCCUCACCCUGAAUGACACGGACAAGAUGAUUGCAAGUGGCGCUGCCUUUGCGCGUAAGUUCAAGGGGGACACCCCGGUCCUGGACAGGAUCGACCGGGAGCUGCUCAUGAGAAAGAGGAACGGGAGCUUCACGCCAGGGGGGUGGUGCGGGGGAAAGCCACGAUGCUCCAAGGUCAAGAACCCCACCGUGCUCAGGCCGGGGCCUGGGGCUGAGAGGCUCCACCGCCUCCUGGAGACGAUACUUUUCUCGGACAAGUUUGGUCAGAAUCAGUGUAGAUAG